CAAUUAAUAAUUCUAAUGACAUUUUAUGUAAUUUUCCAUAUCUUUAUAUUUCGCAUUGCGGAAUGCGACCGGCAUUUGUUUCUUUGUUUACAUGGAUCAGCUGAUGGCGAGAGUACACGCGGACACUGUCUUGCCGCUCCUACUAUACACUACAUACGAGGACACAUAAAAAAAAAAUAUAUAUAUACAUACUUUAGGUGGAGUAUGGAUCUGAAGGGAGCGCAGGAGGCUUUCCUGGCGGUGCUGCAGCAGAUCCCUCAGCCAGAGACCCGCAAGGCUUUCCUAGCAUGGGUAGAUGACACCUGGAUCAGAGGAGUGCCACCAACACUGAUGGUAUGCCCACCACCAUGUCCACCUCCACCUUUAGUACCUGGCUGCACCUCAGAUUACAGCAGUGGGGAUGCCAAACUGAGAAAAAUUGCUGAUGACCUGCGAGAAAUUAUGCCACUCAAUGCAAUUCUUCCGACUGAGCAAAUAACGUUUCCAUCUGUAGGAGAGUGUCAUCAUUACAAUUAUUUUGUUUCAGCUUACAUCAGCCACUCAGCUUCAAGAGAGAGACUAGCCUACAUUUUCCGAGCAUUGCUCCCACCUAUACCGGAGGACACCAUUUUACUGGAUAUAGGUUCAAGAUUAGGGGCAGUUUUGUAUGGGGCAUAUAUUUAUAGCAAAUGCAGAAGAAUAGUGGGUGUAGAAAUUAAUCAAGAUUUAUGUCAAGUUCAGCAAACAAUUAUCAACAAAUAUCAGUUCCAGGACCGUGUACAAGUUGUAGGAGGUGACAUACAAGAGCAAGCAGAAAUUGUGCGUGCUGCAGACAUCAUAGUUCUCAAUAAUGUUUUUGAGUUCUUCAUGCCACCUGCUGUUCAAGCUCGCAUCUGGGCUUUCUUACGGAGUAGUAUCAAGAAAGGAUGUUUGCUGGUCACCAUUCCCUCCCUAGAAGACUCCCUGCAGUAUAUAGAUUGUGGCUUCCGUGUUCAAGAAUGGGCCCGAGAGCUUCCACCACAUGACCCCAAUAUCACAGCACCAUUUGACUUCCAGAGUGAAACUUCUGAGGUGAAGCUCUAUCAAAUCAUUUAAGUUAUAGAAGUGUCCAAAAGUGUCUUGACCUGAAACUAUGUCUUUGAGAAAUGUAAAGAAUAUAUUUUAAGUAUAUUGGUGAAGUAUGUUUCAUGCUACAAGAGUGACAGACUUAUCAGUCAUAAUUUUAGUGUGUUUUUUUUUUCCUCUCUCUCUCUCUUUUCUUUUCGUUUCUCUUUUUUUUCCAAUACCAGAAAAAGCUCCUUUCAAUAGGAAUGUAUGUUGGAAGUCAUUUUAACAAGGGCGCAAUCACCAAGUAUUUCCCAGAACAGAUUUGCAUUUGAUUGCUAUGAACAGAAACCAGUCUGAACAGUGUAUGGGAAAAAUAUAUUUAGAUACAAAUAUUCUGACUGUAUCCCUUUUGCCAAAGACUUGAGCAUUUUGGAUGUUCAUUGUUUUGUGAUGUCAUCAAAGUGUAGAAGACUUCUUUUGGUUGUGUACUGUUUUAAGUACAUAACUUAUGUAUAUAGUAUGAAAAGAGUGCCAUGCCAUGUUUUUUAUGCCUUCUCAUUUUUGUUGUUAGGAAUGAGGUUUACAGUGUGUAAGACUGCAGUAUCCUUUUGUUUGAGACAAUAUUAUGUGAUUGUCAUUCCUGUCAGAUUGCCUAUUAAAACAGAGAAUAUGAUCUAGAAUCAUAUGUCAAUAAGAUUAA